AUACCAACUCAUUCAUUUCCUCCUUCUCCCUAUCACACUCCGCGAUCACUCAUAUAUUUGAUUACGAAAGCAGGCAUGCAUGCGCGCAUGCACACGUACAUGCAUGCACGCACACAUUAUUAUUGCACUAACACACAACAUAUAACGACGACACAGCUCUACACGUGUAUUUCCUUCUUCCCUCGUUUAUUCUGUUUUUGUAAAAAUAUACAGACUGCUUGGUACCAACGUUCUUCUCUCUGUCUCUCUCUCUCUCGUUCUCUCUUUCUCUCAGUCUAACUAUCUAUAUCUGUCUUCCACAUAUAUAUCUUACAUUUUUCUAUAACUCUCCACUCUCUCCGUCUUACUCUCUAUCAGCCCCCCCCUCACUUUGUCGUAUUAUCGUAUUUUUUUUCUCUUGCCGUCGGAUUUCCUUCUCUCCUUCUCUCCUUCUUCUUUAGUCAUUUUUCGUCUUUAUAUAUCUUGUUAACUCUUUUCCCGUUCCAUAAUUUAUCAUUCUCUCCCCCCCCCCGUCUCUCUCUCCCUUUUUCUCUCUCACUCCCUCUCUUUAACUUCAUACCUUUUUUAUGUAAUUUUAUUUUCCGUCAUUUUGUCUCUUUCCAUUUCCUAUCUCCUCCACCUCACCAUCUUCAUAUAUUUGUUUACAUAUCAGUCUGCUAGUGUAUAUAUACCAUUAUAUGUAACUCUCCUGCCCUUUUAUUUAACUCUCUGUAUCUCACUGCACUCAUUGUUCAUCUCUCUCUCUCUCUCUCUCUUUCACUAUCCCUUCCUUUCUAUCUCUUGUUCUUUCCCUCCUCCACUCUCUCAUUCUCUUCCUCUCCCUCUUUCUCUCUCCCUCUCUCACUUUCUCUCUUUCACUCGUGUGCGUCUUAUUUCGUCUUUUCAUCUUGCCUGUCUUCAUUCUGUGCGCCUGUCUCUGUCUCAGAAUAUCAAAAUAUUUCUCUGUGUUGUCUGAUUAUAUCCCUCUUGCAUCAAAUCAUUCCCUCUCCCUCCCUCCCUCUCUCUCUCUCUCUCUCUCUCUCACUCACUCUGUCUCUCACUCUGUGCCUGUUUCUUUUCCUCUCUAUCUGGCUAUCCAUCUGUACAUCUACCUUUUUAUCUCCAAUUAUUUCGAUCGCUCACUUAUAGUAGUUAUAUUGGUGAUGUGUGGAACUUCGCACACAUGUUAGAGUCAGAAUUCUAUGCGAUAUAAAGGCGUUAAACAAUCUGUCUACAUCUUUGGAUUUCUACAUGACAUACUACUUGCUCCCCACUAUAGCUUAAUAGAAGGCAUAGAGAAAAAGUAAAAGAAAACAUAAUAAACAAUCAAACGAAGCAAACAUAUAAUAAUAAUAAUUGUACUCAUUUCUUUUGACCAACAAAAGAAACCCACCAAAACAUAAAACAACACAAAUAUAACUCCAGCAGCUGAAAAAUCCAGAGUCAUAUAGGAUUAACACUCCCACUGAAAAAGAUUCUCCACGUACAGGCAAAAUCAUUCAAUCCAGAGAAUAGACUGUGAUAUAAUAGUGGUGUUUCGACAGUCGUUAUAGAAGUAUUUCGUAAUAAAUCUAUCCUCCAGGGAUGUUAAUACUUCGAAUCUGACCAAACGAUAAAUUUUUUUUGGAGAAUAAGAAGAAAGAAGAAAUUACGGACACCAAAAUAAGCAGAAAUCAGCGAAAUGGAGAAAGACGCUGGUACUGUGUCAGUAGAUGUGAACCAAUCAGCAGCGACAUACGAAUCCCUGGUUACGCCAUCAGCAGCAACGUAUGAAUCACUCAUAACACCCGAUCGUGUUGAACGACCCGAUCACAUUCCGGUAUUUGCCGAAGACGAAGACGGUUAUUACCGAGGCAAAAACAAAUUCAACGCACAUAAAAAAUAUGUACCCAAGAUAUCGUACAGACAUUUUUCCCUGCCCUUUCGUCGACGGGAACUUGUCGUCCUCUGUUCAGGAUGUCUACUCAUGUGUAUUGCACUCACGCUGAUAAUCACCGGAGCCAUUCGAGUGCACGGCUGUAGUUGUCCGGAUUUCAUGAAAUGUUUCGGCGGAAGUGAUAUGCCCUCCUAUUCUGAAGACGACAUUCAUUUGAUACCAUUAAGGAAUCUUCGGAAUCUAACAGGUAGCACGUUAAUGGACUUCAACUAUGCCCUGGAAAAGCCAUGUAAACAGUCUUCCACAGGCGGAGUGAACGGCAGCAUGGAGGGUGAUUCCAGUUAUGCAGUAGACGGAGAUUUUAAAACCUGUUCACGAACUGAUGUUGAACAUCGCCCAUAUUGGCAAGUGAAUUUGAACAAGGUGCGGCAAAUACGUAAAGUUAUUCUAAUAAGCAAAGACACUCUCACAUCUCCGCAACGAUUCGACGUACAUGUUGGAACCAGCCCGAACGUAACUGAAAACCAAGUUUGUAAGCGAUAUCACAGUGUUCCGUCAACUCCUCUUGCCACUAUAUUCUGUGAAGAAGAUUUGAGUGGAAGAUACGUAGGCAUAAUCUUGAACGGAACAAACGAGAAUGGAACCGGUAGUUUGGUAUUAUGCGAAGUUAUUAUCUACCAAGAAUGAUACCAGGCUGAAAGCAAGCAA